UCAUGUUUCGCCUCUCCCCUGUCUCGUCUUCUCCGCUGCUGCUGCUUCUUUGGUCCCUCGCUUUGUCGGGAGACGGAACCCUCCUCGCUUGGCUCCCCACUAAGGGACCAUUGCCCCCCUCGACGCCCGCCCACGGACGCGGGGCCUUCGGACCGCCUCGCCGGAUUCACCGGCCCCUGUCUUGAACGCCCGGUCUGAUGCAUAUGGCGGCUGCACUAUAGUGAACGAGGGGGCGGUGGUGUUGAAGCUCGCCCGAGUGAGAAAGAUGAAGCGGCUUGCCAACGGAGCUGCGGCUCACGAAGUGGAGAGGAAGACGAUCAACCCGGAGCUGUGGCAUGCGUGUGCGGGGCCGCUUGUGACGCUGCCGCUGGUGGGGAGCCUCGUCGUGUACUUUCCCCAGGGACACAGCGAGCAGGUUGCAACUUCUAUGCAAAAGGAUCUUGAUGCUCAUAUUCCAAACUAUACCAGUCUUCCCUCAAAGUUGAUAUGCCUUCUUCACAAUGUUACACUGCAUGUGGAUCCAGAGACAGAUGAAGUUUAUGCUCAGAUGACUCUUCAGCCAGUUAAUUCGUAUGAGAAGGAGGCAUUGCUGGCAUCAGAGCUUGCACUAAAACAAACCAGGUCGCCGACCGAAUUCUUUUGUAAAACACUUACUGCGAGUGAUACAAGUACACAUGGAGGGUUCUCUGUUCCUCGUCGUGCUGCAGAGAAAAUUUUCCCUGCUCUUGACUUCUCAAUGCAGCCACCUGCUCAAGAAAUACAGGCCAGAGACUUGCAUGAGAAUCUCUGGACCUUCCGUCAUAUCUAUCGAGGUCAACCCAAAAGGCACUUGCUCACCACUGGUUGGAGCUUAUUUGUGAGCGGAAAGAAGCUCUUCGCUGGUGAUUCCGUCUUAUUUAUUAGGGAUGAAAAACAACAGCUUCUUUUAGGUAUUCGGCGUGCUAACAGGCAACCUACCAGCAUAUCAUCAUCUGUCCUGUCAAGUGAUAGCAUGCAUAUAGGCAUUCUUGCUGCUGCAGCCCAUGCUGCAGCAAACAACAGCCCAUUCACUGUAUUUUACAAUCCAAGUGGUAAAUUAAUGUCAUUCUGCAGGGCCUGUCCUUCAGAGUUUGUUAUUCCUUUUGCAAAAUACCAGAAGGCAGUAUAUAGCAACCAAAUAUUCCUGGGUAUGCGCUUUCGUAUGUUGUUCGAAACUGAAGAAUCAGGAACAAGAAGGUACAUGGGUACCAUUACAGGCAUUAGUGAUUUGGAUCCUGUAAGGUGGAAAAACUCACAGUGGCACAAUUUGCAGGUCGGAUGGGAUGAGUCUGCAGCAGGCGAGAGACACAACAGGGUGUCCAUAUGGGAGAUUGAACCUGUGAUAGCUCCUUUCUUCAUCUGUCCACCAUUUUUUCGCAAGCGCACCAGACAACCAGGAAUGCUAGACGAUGAAUCAUCAGAAAUGGAAAAUAUUUUUAAGAGGGCAAUGCCUUGGCUUGGAGAGGAGACCUGCAUAAAGGAUUCUGAAACUCAGAGCACUGUAAUGCCAGGUCUAAGUUUAGUUCAAUGGAUGAACAUGCAACAGAAUCCAUCCCUUGCUAGCCAAACCCUGCAAACAGAAUAUUUGUGCUCCCUUGCUGGACCUGUCCGAAACCUUGGUACAACUGAUCUUUCUAGGCCAUUGGGUUUGCAAGCUUCAAAGUUGCAACAGGCAAAUAUGCAGUUUAAUGCUAGUAGGAUGAGUCAACAAGUUGAGGAACUUGCUAAAUUGUCAAUCCCACUGAACCAAGUGGGUGCUGUUAGUAGACAACAGAUGCAAGAUCUAUCUUUGCAGCAGAAGCAGCAAUUGGUCAACCAAGCAGUACCAUCUGACGAGAGACAGAACAACAUAAUACAGCCUCAAGUACUGAUCCAGAUUCAAUUGCAGCAACAACAGCACCAGCCACAGCAAGAGCCACCGACUAUGAUACAGAACAAGGAGUUAUUACAAACCAGCCUCCACCAGAAUCAGCAACAACAUCCUCAGCAACUGCUUCUGCAGCAGCAAAAACAACAGCAGCAGCACCAGGACCAGCAACUUGAGCAGCAAUACCAGCCACAGCCAAGUAGGAUUCUAGCAGUGAAUCAACAGUUAUCUGAUCAACAGCAGUCAUCAUUUUCACAGCCCCGAAUGCAACAACCUCCAUUUCCUCAAAUUCAGGAGUCCCAAAAAACUCUCCCAGAUGUACUACAGCAGUUAUUGAACUCCCAUUCACUGGUUCAGCAACCAAUGAUUCCUCAACCAUGUCCAAAAGCUACUCCUGCAAGGCUACAACAGUCUUCGCCCAACCAGUCACAGCAAAAGCCUCAACAGCAGCAAUUUCUACUAGGUGACUUAUCCGGGGCUAUCCUUCCUGCUAUACCAGCAACCAAUUUGAUCCCUGCUUGUGGCAGCUCUUUGCUAGCAGCUGAAGGGACACAGUCAGGAUUUACCAACGACAACCCAUUUUGCUCCACAUCACCUUCAGCAAACAAUGGAGCUAUUCUUCCACAUUCAAUUUUAAAUGGGAUUCAAAACUACACUCUCGAGUCAACAGAGAAGACAUCUCAGUCAGUUAUUACAAUGCUUGGUCCAACCUCCGUUGAAAAUGCUGCAGCAAUACCCAACAUCUCGAAGGAGUUUCCAAAAGCUGUACACAGUAUGAAGCCCUUGACCCCAUUUUCCAAGGUGCAAAAUCAGGGUGUCAUUGCCCCUCAGACAUGUGUAGGCAACACAACACAAAUGGAUUACUUGGACACAACCUCUUCAGCAACUUCUGUGUGCCUAUCCCAGACUGAUGGACCAUUACAUAAAAUUUUCCCUCUCUCUUCUUUCAAUCAACCAUCAAUGCUCAGGGUUGCACCUACAUAUGGUGAUGUCCAGGGCACAGAUCCAGGAGAUAAUGUUCCCUUUGGAGAUAACAUCGAUAGCUCAUUGGAAUUACCUUUGACCAUUGAUACUAUGCUGGCAAACAGCAUUGAUUCAGGAAAGUAUCAGAAUCGUAUCACUAGGGAUGUAGUUGCCAACUAUAAUGCCUCAAAAGAUGCUCAACAAGACUUAUCAUUAUCCAUGGUAUCACAAGCAUUCGGAAUUCCAGACAUGGCAUUUAAUUCUAUAGAUUCAACUACUAAUGAGAAUGUUUUCUUAACUAAAAGCUCGUGGACACCAGUGCCGCCACCACUUCAGCAUAUGCGCACUUACACUAAGGUAUACAAGCGUGGAGCUGUUGGCAGAUCGAUAGAUAUCACACGUUACUCAGGCUAUGAUGAGCUGAAAUAUGAUCUUGCACGAAUGUUCAGUAUAGAGGGACAGCUGGAAGAUCGACAAAGAAUUGGCUGGAAGCUAGUUUACGUAGAUCAUGAAAACGAUGUUCUACUUGUUGGAGAUGACCCAUGGGAGGAGUUUGUGAACUGUGUUCGGUGCAUCAAGAUAUUGUCUCCACAAGAAGUACAACAGAUGAGCAUCGAUGUUGAUUUGGAAAACAAUAGCCUCCUAAAUCAGGCUUGCAGCAGCUCCGAUGGUGGAAAUGCCUGGAGGGGCCACCAUGAUCAGAACUCAGGCAACCUCUCAGCUGGAUCGUAUGAUCAUUUUGAAUGAUAAUAUAAUCAUUUGGAAUGACUAACUGAUCAUGCGGUGAAGCUGAUUUCAACUUUUGUUGGCCAUCGUGCCUGGCAUUCCAUAUGAAGAUCGUCUAAACGAUGAUGAUGAGUGGAAGUGUCCAUCGUCCAAACUGCAUAAUGAUGGCGAAAAGCCAAUAUCAAAAAGCAGAAGCAGCUACACAUGACAAACCUCACCCAUUAUUUUUGAAUGGAGAUGAGAAAUUGUGGUGGUGAGUUAUCAACUCAACAGAACUGGUAGGAUCCAUCAGGGGCUGCAGUUUUUCUAUAUUAAAGAUCAUGUACUUAAGUUAAUGUCAGUUCCUUUUUUCUGAUAGUGAAAGCUUCAACAUUUUCCUAAUCUGUAUGACAUCUCAAACAGAAAUUUGGGGGAAAUGAGCAGAGUUACUGAUCCAUGAAGAUAUUUGCAGAGCAUGUAAAUGCUGCCUAGAAUUUGAAGUACAGUUGAAGUCAUAGGCAGAAAGGAUGUCGCAAAGGAGUAACCUUACUAAGGUCUGACCUUAUUCGAAAUCGAAACUUGGUGCU